UGUCUGACUUGAAGAGAUAGAACAGGAACAAGGAGUCUCUCCAGUUGUCAGUCCCGGGGAGGAUUGUGGGAGCUGUAGUCGUGUAACAGCUGGAGAGCGUCCUUUUGCUGCAGAUUCCCUGGCGGCAGGCACUGAGCGCUGUACUGAGCAAUAGAGUCUCCAGGAUCAGCUCACGUUACGGCCCCAGCCCUCCCCUCUCUCCCCUCCCCCAGCGCUGACAAUCGGAUACGUGGAGCCGCCGCUGGGGAAGCUCCCGCUGGAAGUCGCGCACAAUGCCGCCAGGAGCGAGUCCGGGAUGAGACAACAUGCGGUUCCGCUGGAAGUUCUUCGGAAGUCUCCUGUGUGUGACGGGGCUGCUGCUCGUGCUCUAUCGGCAGCUCGGAAAUGUACCGCAGCCUCCCCCGGGACCCGCCUCUGCCCAGGGAAGCCCCUCACUCACCGCCACCUCCGGCUACUUCAGGGCGCUCGAGGAUCACGUGCCCCGCAGGGAUGCCAGACAGGGGGGGAAGAAAAAGACCAACUGGAACAAUGUUAGAGCCCCUGAGCAAAAGCCGAAACCCCCCAUGCCUGAGGAAUGGAUGCAUCUCGCUGUUGUUGCCUGUGGGGAUCGCUUGGAGGAGACGGUUACCAUGCUGAAAUCAGCGGUGCUAUUUAGCUUCAAAAAAAUAAAGUUUCACAUCUUUGCGGAGGAUUCUCUGAAAUCAGAUUUUCAAAUGAAGCUUGAGAUAUGGCCCCAGCAGAUCUCCAGAAAGAUCGAAUACAAGAUUUACCCGAUUACAUUCCCAGGAGGAAAUACCCAGGAGUGGAAGAAGCUGUUCAAGCCAUGUGCAGCUCAGCGUCUUUUCCUCCCGAUGCUUUUGCAAGAUGUGGAUUCCCUGCUGUAUGUGGAUACGGAUGUUCUGUUCCUGAGGCCUCUGGACCACGUCUGGGCUUUUCUGAGACGUUUUAAUGACACCCAGCUGGCAGCCAUGGCACCAGAGCAUGAGAUAUCAAAGAUCGGCUGGUACAGUCGUUUCGCCCGACACCCGUUUUAUGGGACUACUGGGGUCAACUCUGGAGUGAUGCUUAUGAACCUUACUCGUAUUCGUAACCAGCAUUUCAAGCACAGUCCCCAAUUGUGGAUGCAAGGAUGGGUGGCCUUGUGGAAAUCUGUGGGGCUUAAGAAUAACAUGAUCCCAGCUGGACUGACUUGGGAAGAGAUGCUUCAUCCUUUAUAUCAGAAAUAUAAGAACUAUAUCACAUGGGGCGAUCAGGAUUUAUUAAACAUCAUUUUUUACUUUAACCCAGAGAUGCUGUAUGUUUUUCCCUGCCACUGGAAUUACAGACCAGAUCAUUGUAUGUACGGCAGUAACUGUAAAGCAGCAGAGGAAGAGGGAGUGUCCAUUCUCCAUGGUAAUCGGGGGGUAUACCAUGAUGAAAAGCAGCCUGCCUUCAAGGCUUUCUAUGAAGUCAUACGUGAUUACACUUUUGACGACAAUCUCUUCCAGUCAAUGUAUUUCCCCCUUCAGUCGAAGUUUCUAGAGAGCGUUCAUACGUUGUGUGGCCGGAUCCCCCAGGUGUUCCUCAAGCAGAUUGAAAAGACCAUGAAAAUGAUGUAUGAGAGACGUGUUGUUGUCCACAUAAGAUCCGAUGUAUGACUUUAUUGGCAUCGCCAUAAAUAUUUUUCUGACAGAGCAUCAGAAAUAUGCCAUGCAUCUCAAUGAGCCUGUUUGCACUCAGAAGAGCCUUGGAAAAAAUACAUUGGCCACAAUAACUUUAAAUCAAUUCACAAGAGUUGAUGGAUUAGAUCCAGACCAUAGUUGUUUGGGCUAUGAAGCUGUAUCAUGACGUUGGAUAUGUUUAUAGCAGGCUAUCAUAUCUAGCAGGAUAAUACAUGGAAGUGUUGUCUGGAUGCAAAGAUUACAUCUGUCAACUAAAACUGGAAAACAAAAAUAUCAUGAGCUAUACAGAAGGAAAUGUAAGUCAAUCAAAUCACCCAAGAAGGAACGUGGGGUUUGAACCUGUAACUUUUUCUUUGGUUUGAACUUAUUUCAGGAGAUUGUACCUGAUUAUCCAAAAGAGCAGAGAAUGAUGACCAGUGCAUACACUUUGUCAGUGCAAUCAUUGCACCCCGGGGAGCUAACUUGCUUACAUGGCGGCUAAACAACACUAAAGCAGUUACCAAUCAGAGCUUUGCUUAUCAUUAGUGAAAAGACCUCAGGAUUCUAGAGAACAUGAAGAUACAAAGCCAUCAAUUCUGCCAAGGUAGUACAAUCAAGACAGAGAGCAGAUUAUUUUGUGGGCUACACAAAGCCAACACAGGCUUUGAGAGAGGUCCCGUCCUUUGUCUUUGAGUAGUUCCCUAAACAUUUGUGCCUUUUCUGGCUCACCAACGAGUUUGCAGUAAGCAGUUUGCACAGGAAAGUAUCCUAUUGCCAAGGCAUCUUCUCUAUGGUGCCUUAAAUUAUUUUAACUUGGUCAUGGUAAUUUAUAGGCUGAUAACUCCCUGCGCUACACCAACAUUGUGUGCACCUUGCAGUAACUUUACAGGCACUUGAUGAUAAAUAUUUCACAAGUCAAGGGUUUCAGUGAAUAAAUUUUAAUCCCUUA